AGGAUACACUUGGACCCAUUUCUCAUUCAGCAACCUGCUUACUGCCUUGCGACACACUUUUACCACCAUUUCAUGCUCCCUCGUCCUCGCUUUGCUUCAGGUUAAAUGAGUACCCUUUGCUUACCCAAACUAUACUACCUGGACGUACGAGGCAACUAGCACCAUGAGUCACCGACGAGAGGCCUCUGUGCCCUCUUCGCCAGUGGGCGAUGGCAAUUUCAAACGCAGUCUCGAGAUUAACAUGGCCGCUCUCGUGGGCUCAGCUAUUGGAAACAUGAGUAUCAGUCCUUGGAACCGUGAUGUGGUUUUGGCCGCUCGAAAGGGACUCUACAUCAUCGACCUGGAAGCCCCGUUGAACCUACCUCGGUUUCUCCCUCAGGGUGGUACAUGGGACGUAGCUGAUGUGCAGUGGAACCCUCACACUGCAAACAUUCAGUACAUUGUCUCGACGUCAAGCGAGAAGCUCUUGAUUUGGAACAUACUUCUUUCCUCCAACUCUUCUAUCGAGCACAUCCUUCGAGCACACUACCGCGCUAUUACGGAUAUCAAUUGGCAUCCUGCAGACCCUGACUGUGUUGUUAGCACAGGUCUCGAUUCAUGGUUGUGGGCAUGGGAUAUACGCACUCCCCGGCGAGCGGUGCUUGGCCUCUGCGCAUUCAAUGCCGGCGGGACGCAGGUUAAAUGGAAUCGUCAGGACGGGAAUAUGUUGGCGUCCUCUCAUCUCAAUGAAGUUCUCAUAUGGGACAGACGGAAAGGGUCUUUACCUGUAUCUCGAAUCAAAGCGCACAAUUCAAAGAUAUACGGUAUCGACUGGGCACAUAACAAUCGGAACCAGAUUGUUACCUGCUCUCUGGACAAGACCAUCAAGUUCUGGGAUCUGAACAAUCUAUCAGGCGAUUCUGGGGAGUAUGAACCAACAGCGACUGUCCAGACUGCAUAUCCCGUUUGGCGUGCACGUAACCUACCAUUCGGACAAGGUGUAUUGAGCUUGCCUCAACGCGGGCAGACGGCUUUGGAAAUGUGGAAUCCGGCGGUCUCAAACGAACCGGUAGAAAGGUUUGAGGGUCACUCCGAUGUUGUGAAGGAAUUCGUGUGGAGGAGGGGCAGUCAUGGCAAUGAUAGCUUCCAGCUUAUCACUUGGUCCAAAGAUAGGACCCUGCGCUUCUGGCCAGUAGACACUGAAGUUAUGCAGAAAGCUGGGGAUAGCACCAUCCAUGCUCCCUAUGUUGCACCUCCAGACCAAAACAUAUCUUUCAGUAACCCUCCCCCGAGUUCUGACACAGCACCGGCUUUAACCGUACCUGUUCGUGGUAUACUGGGCGAAGUGCGAGCUUCGCAACCCCUUCGACCCAGACCGAGUGCAGGCAGGUUCUUGUCCGACCCUCUGCGAACACAUGGUACCCACGGCGCCUCUGCUCCUUCCGCCAACACGUCAUCUGGACAAGGCGAAGGCUUGACAAGACGUGGGGUUGUUGGUCGAUCGGCUCAAAUCACCGCACUAUCUUGGCUAUCAAGUGUUAAGGUUGGUGGGGCAAGGGAUGGCAGCUCUGGAGCGGGCAGUGGAGGAGACAGUGGAAAUGUCUCUCGAUUGAACUCUGCAUCCCGCCCUCCUUCGAUAUUCGACAUCCCUCAAGGUCUAGAUGAAAACGAAACCGACGAUGAAGUUCCCCAGUCUUUGCAGGAGGAAAUCACCUCCGUAGUCAACAAGCUCGCCUCAUCGAAAGUACGGCUUGAAAAGGCGGAUUUUGGGAAGCGCCGUUCAUGCACAUUUGGCUUGCAUGGUCCCUGGGGAGAUUCGACGUCUGUUUUUAUCCGAGUAACUUUUACUUUCCCUCACACAUACCCACAAGCGGCACAUCCUCUCGGAACGCCUCACGUAGACCUGGAGAUGAACCCACUCAUUUCAAUGAAGAAUAGAGUUCUGAUUACACGUCGACUACGCAGCAUUCGAGAACGAGAACGGCCAUGCCUAGAGGCUUGUUUGCGUUUCUUGCUAUUUGGAGAUCAGGACCAUUACGCAAUACCUCGGACAAUGAUCAUUGAUUCAGAAUCGUCAUCCGAUGAUGAACCAUAUCCUGUGACUCGUCGACCGAAGGAUCCUAGUCACUCAGCCCUCCGGGGUGAUAAGAAUCUCGCGGAGCCUAGGACUUCGCAAGGUACCUUUGGCCCAAACGGCCAGCUUGUUUGCUUUUUCCGUGCACCUCCAAGGAUAGUCAAACAUGCAACGCGCGACCUUUCUAUGUCACCUUCCAUAGGAUCACGGGGGCCUGAUAAUGCCCCUCACAUCUUCCGUUCUCCAGUUCUUCUUUCGGACGCGAUCCGGCGAUUGAGUUUAGCUGCUCAAGACCGGGACUCGUCAUAUUCUGAUCACAGGCGUGUUGAAGAUACCAACAGCAUACUUCGUAUCAUGACGAACCUUUACACAUUCUCACAUCCGAAGACUCGAAAAUUCUCAGAGCAAUCAAGACCUCAAGAAGAUGCGCCUACGCCUUACUCGCUACUCCCUACAAGGCGAAGUUUGGUUUACAUUCGGGAUGCUUCAGCUUAUAUUGGUAUUGACAUUGCUGCCGCUGGCGAGUAUGUGUACGCCAUGACGCAUCCGCUUGAUUGGUGCAAAAAGAACGCGGAAAUAGCUAAGGCACGGGGACGUGUGGACCACGAACGACUGUUCACCAUGCUACACGUCCUGAUCGUCGAUGCGCGGAACGAGGGUGAGGGUGUCCCGACUGCCUUCGGAAUUUACAGUCCCCUCAUGUUCAAGCUUUUGGAGAAAAUGUAUGCAGAGUUCCUGGCUCGGAAGGAUGCUCAAAUACUAGUUAUGAUGGCUGUUGUACUACUUCGAUUGACGAGACAACACGAACACCUCUCUGAGCUGCCGAAGUUAACACCUCCUUCUCAGAUAUCUCACAUCGACUAUUUCAGCUUCGUGAGACGGCAAAUGAAUAAGAGAGACCCACCAUUGCCCUCGUGGACCCAUCAUUCCCCGUCUCCUACUUCCCGGUCACCCGCGCCCGUUCUAUCGCCAUCUUCUUCACGGGGUUCUUGGUCGAGCCUGUUCAGGCCAAGCAACAUGAGACGGCAUAUUUCAACGGAGAAUACGAAGGAAGAGGAAACUGCUAACCGACCUGUUUCCGCAGUUCCGAUUCCUGUCGGCAGAGCACACCCAUCUUCUCCACAAAUACGCACGUUCAAAAAGGAUUCUCCCUUAUUCCAGACUGCAGUAUCGAACUCGUGGUCGGACGCCCUGGGCUCAUCUGCAAAGACGAACAUAUCAUUCUCAUCUGCUGGUCAUGGCAGGUCCCGACGACCAACCUUUUCUCAGGUUGUCAGUUCCACACCAAGUCCUUCGGGACAAAAGCGCAUUGUUUUCAACGCUGACCCUAAAAUGACAAUGCAGAAAUUUCCAUCCUUCCAGCUGCAGGCGAGGCUCCAGCGUCAACUAGCAUGUCAUAUUCUGACUUACGCUGAGAUGCUCUCUGCAUGGCAAUUUCCCAGCAAGCGCAUCGAACUGAUCAAGUCAGUCGAAGACGAGCUUCAGUCCAUCUUGUCUGAAUCUCUGCAAUCAAUUGUACUUGACUGUAGCCCGCUAGGCGUUGUUCGUCUAUGCAGCAAAUGUAAACACGAGAACACAUUCUUGACAGAUUUCUGUGCAAUGUGCAACAACAGGUUAUCGGCAGAUCGUUGUUCGGUUUGUCGUUUACCUAUCAAAGGGCUUGCACAGACGUGUAUGCUCUGUCACCACGACUCUCAUGUCCGCUGUUGGACAGAUUGCAAGGGGGUUCUAUGCGCGACAGGCUGUGGGUGUACUUGCAAGAUGACCAUCAGUCCAGAAGAGAUAAUCCUAGAGGUCGAAAGGGGCCGUCGUCUUUCAGCUUCUGCGUCGGAAAUUACGUAUAGAGCGUGCAAAAGCAGUUAGCAAUAAUGAAGUUCAAUAAAAGUCCUGAAAGCAUGCACACAGUGAGAUUUCCAGUGGCUCUGUCCUUCGUUAGUGUUGAGCAAAGCUGUAAACGAGGGCGUAUCUUCAAAGCCCGUGCUACUUGAAUGCUUCCAACAAGACUUAAGUGAGCCAGC